AUGGCUGCUGGGAUCAUGUCAGCAAGCCAAGUUCGGGGUUCUUUCCCCUCCCCCGCCCCCUCCCCCACCUUGACGACGCCAACGACACGCCCGGAUGGCUUCGUUUUUGACGUCGUCGAGUGGGCGAGUGGAAACUUGGUGCGGAUUUGGCGCUGUUCCCCCACCAUCCCACCCAUCCACCCCGUCCACAGUCCAUGGAAUAUCCAUUUACCCCCGCUUACACGGAAGCUGUCGCGCGCAUUGUGUUUUAUUGGAUCGCGGUCUCUCCGUCAUCGGUAUGCCUUGCCCCGAGGUUAG